UAAAUCUGGUAGCGCUGUGAAAAAGUCCAUUUCUGAACAUGUUUUCUUAAAAGGUCCAUUUGUAAAAAAUGUUUUCUAAAAUGACUGAAAAGUAAAAAUUCUACUAGGAUCUCAGCUGGAUGUUCCUGGUUGAUGGGGCAAUGGGGCUGUGCACUGUCACGUAGGAUCUCAGCUGGAUGUUCCUGGUUGAUGUGGCCUAGCACGGCGUCAAGAGCCAUGGCGCCGUAUGUAAAUAGCUCGACGUCACGAUCUAUGGGCAUAGAAGCGUUAUCCCUCACACAUCCACUCGUCGCCGCCUCUGCUCCCAGCCUGCGCCACUGCCUCCUGUCGGCUCACGAGUCCGUGCCACCGCAGCAGCCCGUGGGGCCGCCUCCCCCGGCUGCCCCACACGAGCCUGUGCCACUACCGCCCGUGUUCGACAUCUCGCGCUACGCCACGCUCGUGGGCGUGCUCGACCUCCACGCCGUCCUCCAGGAGCUCGGGGUCGAGUCCUGCAUCUACCUUGGCCACUCCGUCUAUGUCGUCAUCGGCGUGCUCAUCUCCAUCUCCAGGCCGGACCACUUCACCAAGCUCGUGCUCCUCUCCGCAUCGCCCAGCCAUCCUUUUCAUGAACAAUCUCAAGGGUCAUUACAGCCGAUUCAGGAAAAUUGAGGAGUCCGCAUCUUCUAAGAACUGAUCGGAUAUCACAUCCUGACAUUUCAACAACAGAGAAAAAGGAACACACAGAAUCAGAAGCCAGAUUUCUACAUUCUUCUUCAGCUCAGAGUGUUUUUUCGCUAUUCUGCAAGACUACAACAACUGUCAAUAACUAUUGACAGUUUUCAAAGGGGUGGAGACCAUUUUGUUGCACAGACCAGUUUUGAAAGGGGCGCCAUUGUCGCCAUGAGCACCCUCCUCGCAGCGCGCCGCGUCACCCUUGUCAUCCUCGCAGCGUGCCACGCCGCCGCUGUUGUCCCGGCCGCGGCCUCCUAUCUUGAUUUGGAGCUAGGGUUUGGGAUCCAUGGUAAGGUUUGGGACAAAAAGGUUUGAGGGUUCAUGGUGAGGUUUGAGGCUCUGUUUUGGACCGAGGCAUGGGUUCACGAUGUGAGGUUUUGUGCUCUGUUUUAGACCGAGGGUAAUAUUGGUAUUUUGAGAAUAUUUGACAUGCUAAAUCACGGUAACAUCACAGUAAUGGCAUGGGGUGCAAGUUUUGGACUGCCAGUGGUACACAGUAAAAUUGAACUUUGUCGAUGGCAAAUUAUGAAUUGA